AUGGCCAAAAGUUUAAGAAGCAAAUGGAAGAGAAAGAUGAGAGCUAUUAAAAGAGAAAGAUAUGGAAAAAAGGAACUUGAAAAGCUUAAAAUGAUCGUUAAUAAUUCCCUUGAUAAAGAUUCAGGGGAUGUAAAUAUGUCCAGUCUAACUGAUGUUGUUCAAGUUGUAUCUAAGCCUACAGUUUUAAGUAGUGAUGAACCAAUGGAACCAAUGGAAACAAAUGAUAAUGCCUCAAAUUUCGGAAGCAACAAUAAAUAUCCUAUAUGGUUAGGAUCAUCAAAAAGGAAGAAGUUAAUUAAAAGAAACAAGCAGCUUAAUAAGAUAAAGAAAAAGGAAUUGAAAAAAGCGCAAAAGAAAAGAAGAUAA